GUUAGCCACAUUACUGUCGCUGGAACGCGCUGUCUCGGUCGGCCCGCACUCUCAACGGAAAAUUGUUGCAGUCAUGACUCAGACAGUUCAGACCAACGGGGUUCAGCCCCUCAGUAAGACCUGGGAGCUGAGUCUGUAUGAACUACAGCGAACACCACAGGAGGCAAUAACGGAUGGCUUGGAGAUAGCAGUGUCCCCCAGAUCCUUGCACAGCGAGCUCAUGUGUCCCAUUUGUCUGGAUAUGUUGAAGAACACGAUGACGACCAAAGAAUGUCUGCACCGCUUCUGUGCUGAUUGUAUCAUCACCGCGUUAAGAUCCGGUAACAAAGAGUGUCCCACCUGUCGUAAGAAGCUCGUGUCAAAGAGGUCACUGCGUCCAGACCCGAAUUUUGACGCUCUAAUUAGUAAGAUUUAUCCCAGCCGUGACGAGUAUGAGGCCCACCAGGAGAGAGUCUUGGCCCGAAUAAGCAAACACAACAAUCAGCAAGCGCUGUCCCACAGCAUAGAGGAGGGGCUGAAGAUACAGGCGAUGACCAGACUGCAGCGUGGCAAGAGACACACGGUGGAGAAUGGCAGUGGAGCUGAAGAUAACGGCGACUCCUCCCACUGUAGCAACGCCUCCGUCCACAGUAACCAGGAGGCGGGCCCGAGCAUCAAACGCACCAAGAUGAGCGACGACAGUGGUUUGGACAUGGACAAUGCUGCUGAGAACGGGGGCGGGGACUCUGUGAUUGAUGGAGGUGCCAGUGAAAUCGAACUGGUGUUUCGGCCACAUCCCACCCUGAUGGAGAAGGACGACGGUCACAACAGCGUGGAGUUUGUUCCCCGCUAUAUUAAAACAUCUGGAAACGCUACAGUGGAUCACCUCUCAAAAUACCUGGCUGUCCGACUGGCUCUGGAGGAGCUGAGAAGAAACGCCGAGGCCAGUCCUGUUAACGUGGAAGCAGCGUCAGAGAAACAGUACACCAUCUACAUACCAACCGCUGCCAACCAGUUCACUGUCCUGAACGGGUCCUUCUCCCUGGAGCUGGUCAGUGAAAAGUACUGGAAGGUCAACAAGCCCAUGGAGCUGUAUUUUGCCCCGACCAAAGAACACAAGUAAACACACAGAAGAACAUGCGUCUUCACAGAUACUCAUCAGCUGGACGUAAACAGAUGGACACCUGUGCAAACAGAGAAGAGGAGGGAGAUGUGUGUCUGACGGAGAUCAAGGAGCUGGAGCGAAACUACAGAAGGACUUCUUCAGAACGGGGGUGGGGGGGGGGGGACUGUUUUAUAUUCUUUAUAUCGUCCUCUGUGUCUCUCUUUGUCUCAGUAGACAGUAGCAGAUCAGACUGGGCCUGUGACGGCGACUUUCUCCAGGCCUCAUUUUUAGUUUAAAUUAACUGUUUUCCAGUUGAAAAUGUUCUGGUUGAUUGGCUCUCCACCAGGGAUCCUUUAUGUUGUGUUGACAGUUUGAUUUGUUUUGUUGUUUUCUAAAGAACAUAUGAGCAUUGUCCAAAAUUUGGGAUAUAAAUGUUAAAAUGUGACACAAAGACGAUAUUGAAGUGCUACGGUGAGCACCCGGUGCCCCAACAUAGACAUAUUGUAUGUUUCUGUGCUUUCCAUCUGUACAUGCCCAUGUGUAAUAAUGCAUCUGAACUGUAUGAAGGUACACAUUUUGACUUUUAAGACAGGAUAUGCAGUGUUUUAUAAAAGUCAUGAUUUGCAUUGUUGA